AUGACUGGUUUUAUCAGCUUUCUUCUCUUCCUUGUUCUCCCACUAUGUCUUCUGAGCACUGCAACAGCAGAUGAACAUAAUGAGCAUCGUCUACCCUUUGUUCAAGUUAUCAAUGCCUUGCCUAAAAACUCAAAACCAAUGCAAGUUAGCUGUUCAACCAAAAACAUUGACGUCGGAAAGCGCUCUCUUGUUAAUGGUGAAGUCUUCAAAUGGAGGGCGGCACAGAGAAAGCUACAUUCCUGUGGAGCUUUAUGGGAAAGACUUUUUGCAUCCUGGCAUGCAUUUCAACCUCGCAGGGAUGAGGAUCAUGAAACUGUGUAUUGGAUGGUGAAGGAAGAUGGGUUCUUUAUUAGCUGGGACAAAGCCAACUGGGUGAGAAAAUAUAGAUGGGAAACCGAGUGA